CCCCCCAUUUUAGUCACAUGGGCAUUAUUUUCAUUUUUUCUCCUGAGGCUCUCCGAUCAGCAGCAGCAAUCAUGAACAGCAGGACUCUCUCGUUCUCACUUCGCGCGGUGCACAACAUCCCGGCCGCCGGCGACCUGUGAACGGUGCCGGUAACCUCCCAGAAAAGAAAAGAUCGAGUAGAAUAAGAUUGGCGCUCUGAUUUCGUGGAGGAACUAAUCAAGAAAAAAGGAGUGGUAGCACUCUCCCGGGCAGAAGAUUUCAACUGUAAUCUGUACAUUAUCUGUUCGAACUGGACUGUAGACGAACAAUCUGCUGAUCGGCUCCGGAGAAAGAGGCUUUAGGGGAGGCGAACCCUGGGAUUUCCCGACUGUUGACCGCCUUGACUGCGCGUCGAUCUCAGCCCAAGCGAUCGAUGAACUGCCGAUCUAUUGGCUCCAUCGCUUUAAGCGAAACCGAGAGAAAUGUCUAGUAUUUUAGAGCGUCUCCGAUGGAUUAUUGCUGGUCUGAACAGACCAAUUGCGACGCCUAAGAGAUUGAAUAGUGGUGGUGAAGACAGAGUGGCGCCAUUUUCACAACAGCAGCAAUCCCAAGUAGUCAAGUCUAAUGAAAAUUCCGUAUCGAACCACAGGAAUUCAAGACCAAUGUUGGAUGCUGUGUGUGAGAUUGCCGUGUACAUUCACAGGUUUCACAAUCUGGACCUGUUCCAGCAAGGAUGGUACCAGAUUAAGAUUACAAUGAGAUGGGAUGAUGAUGAUGAUUAUGAUUCUGUUGGAACUCCAUCAAGAGUUGUUCAGUAUGAAGCUCCUGAUAUGGGCUCUGACAAUGUAUGUGGAGUGUGGAUGAUUGAUGACACAGACAACAGUUACUUCACACAACCUUUCAGGAUCAAAUAUGCAAGGCAGGAUAUCCUUCUCUCGGUGUUGGUCUCGUUUAAUUUAUCUCUCAGUAAAUAUGAGGGCUCAUGUUCUUCUGCCAUUAUUCUGAAAUUUGAGCUUUUUUAUGCAACUGUGUUGGACAACAGUUACAGGUCUGAUUUGCACGCCCCAUUAGGCGCAAAACCUGUAGCAGUCCAUGAAUUUCGAAUUCCUCCUAAGGCUCUUCUGGGUCUGCACUCUUAUUGCCCUGUGCAUUUUGAUUCUUUCCAUGCUGUACUUGUUGAUGCAAGUAUACAUAUAUGUUUAUUGAAACGCGGUGUCCACACCCUUUCAUCAAAGGUAGCAAGUGAAGUUGCUUCAAGUGAAGACUAUGACAGAGCAAAGCAAGUUCUGCUUGUAAAAGGAUUUAUAACUGCUCGUGCCAGAUUGCUUGAAGAGCUAAAGAAAGUUAGCAUGGCUAUUCAUCAAGCUAUUGAUAUAAAUGAUUUUUCUUGUAAGCAUGAGGAUAAAGAAUUGUUCAGUUCGAACCAAAACUGCGUUUCGUCUGCAGAAAAUGAUCAAGUUUCACAACAAAUAUCAAGCCGAAAGCAGAACACUUCACAGAAACAAAAUGGUUUGAUUAAUUUACAAAGUGAAGAAGUUCUUCAUUCUCUAUCCAAUGAUGAGCUAGUGGGCAUGUUUCAUUCUUUUGGCAACCAAGUAUUUUACUUAUGGAGUAUAUUCCUGAAGUUUCACAGGGUUCACAGAACACCAAUUUUGGAUUUCCUUCAAAGUCAAUGGACUAUUGAUCGAAGAGCUGAAUGGUCAAUAUGGAUGGUUUAUUCUAAAGUUGAGAUGCCUCAUCAAUAUAUAAGUAGUGAGGUUGAUAGUUCUUCCUACCAUGGCACUUCUGGGAGACCCCCUAUUUCUCGGAAGCUCGCUGAGGAUGUAAUUGGAGUUUAAGCUUUGAUUUACAGCUUGUUAUAUCUAUACUCAUAUCCUUACUUGGUGUUAAAAAUUUUCAUAAUGCUAAGUAUUUUUUGUACUCUAAGCAGCCUGCCCAAACUGCAGCUAUGCGUGCUGAGCUUCACCGGCAGAGUAUUGCACAAAUGAGAAUAAAUAAUUGUUCAAUCCAAGACUUGCAAAUUUUUGGAGAUCCAUCACGCAUUCCAAUUGUGAUGGUAGAACAUGUUGUAAAUGCCCCAUUGCGCUCAACUAGUAGAAAUUCAUACUUUAACCAUCUGGAGCAAAAAGAUGCAACUAUAUUUACUCCAGAGUUGAUUGACUCUAUAGCUAUAAAGAAGUCAUCUGAUGAAAACCCUCAACAAAUUGGACGGGAUCUAAAACUUGUAGUCUUCGUCCAUGGAUUUCAGGCAUGCAAGCAACAUCUUCCGUU